GCGGGAUGGUUCAUGCAGUUUCGCGGGCAAUGAAUGGACAAGUCUUUCCCCUAGUCUAAAGCAACUUCAGUUGUCGAAACUUCAGAAUGUGGCGUUCGAAAACGAAGUAACGUGCGGAUGGCCGCUGAUACCGAGGCUCCUGAUUACAUUUUUUUUCUGUGGGUGUAGCAGUAUGAACGAGCACAAACGAAAGGAAGAGCCGUUGAAGAUGCUGUGGUCCCGGCCUUCAAUCAUAACUCAAUCACGACGGCAGUCGAGCUUGGCGACCGUUAAUGGGACCGCCCGUUCCUCGAGGGUGUACAAUAUUCGAUCCCAUGUUCUUACGGCCGAUAAAAUUUGUGUAUCCUCAUGCCGAAAAUUCGAGCCUUGUCUCGUCGAACAGGAAGUGAGAUCCAGCGGUGCUGCAACAGGUUUUCAGGAAGACCUCAGCGGAGCAAUGUAGAAUCGUUCGUUUCUCCGUACGGAGAACAGUUCUAGACUGGUAGUGGCGUAAGAGCUACAUAUAUAGCGGCCGUAUGUGGCGG